AUGGGAAAUUUAUCAAAGGAGGUACAACAACAAUCACUUUCACCGUUUGGACAUGCAGUCGCAGGUGCACUAGGUGCUUUGAUUGCCUUAGCGAUAACGUAUCCUUUAGACAUAAUAAAAACGAGGCUUCAAGUUCAAUCCAAGCCAAAAUAUACCGAUCAAAAUCAAGAAUCAGAAACAUCGUAUUAUAAUUCUACAUCGGAUGCGAUCUAUAAAAUUUUAUCCACAGAAGGGAUAGCUGGACUCUAUGCAGGACUUCCAGCUGGAUUAAUUGGAGUCGCAUCUACAAAUUUUGCCUAUUUCUACUGGUACUCUAUUAUACGGUUAUACUAUCAACGUACACGCACACCAAAUCCAUCAACGGCGGCCGAACUUUUCUUGGGUGCAUUAGCUGGGGCACUUGCACAAAUAUUCACGAUUCCUGUAUCUGUGAUUACCACUCGACAACAAACGGUCUCCGCAGGAGAACGCAAAGAUCUCUCUGGGACAGCAAAAGAAAUAAUUUCAGAGGAUGGAGUGACUGGAUUAUGGAAAGGAUUAAAACCUUCGUUGAUUCUGUGUGUUAAUCCCGCGAUCACUUAUGGCGCAUUUGAACGCGCCAAAGCUAUAAUGUUGAAAAGGCAAGGAGGAGAGGAGUUGAACCCAGCCAGUGCUUUUUGGUUAGGUGCUUUUAGUAAAACGGUUGCGACCGUUGUCACUUAUCCUUAUAUUAUGGCUAAAGGAAUGCAAGCACAAAUCACAAAAGCUGUUCUGUCCCAAGCCAUAUUAUUCUAUGCAAGGGAGUAUACCACGCGGUAUACUUUGUUGAUGUUUGCGUUUAUUACUAGACUUUGGAUAAGUCGUCGUCGAUUUGUUCCAAAUUCCAAAUUGAUCGAAGUGAUUGUUCGAUUAAGAUUUUUGAAUUAUUAUCAUAUCGCAGCAAAUCGAUAA